UCCCCCCCCCAAGUAGUUACCAAACUUCCCCUAAAAAAUGUCCCAUUUUUUUUCUAACCAAAUUGCACAAAACAAGGAGAGCUCCCUAAGCUCGGAGCAGUAGCGCCAUGGCUUCGUGCUGUUCAUUGAGCUUCCCAACAGUCUCUUCAAAGGGUAACAAGCCUUCCUCAUCACCAAUUUCUUCUUAUCUUCAGCUCCCCUUUACUUCCCACUUGCCAUUUUCUAAAAAAAAAUCACUUUAUUCCAAUCAUACCCUUCUACAACCUCAAUGCCGGAAAACCCCAUCACCGGAUGGUCCCAGUUUCUUGGUUGUGGGGUCUGCGAAAAAGCAAGAACCUUUGCGGGUAAUGAUAUCAGGAGCUCCUGCUUCUGGUAAAGGAACACAGUGCGAGCUCAUUACCAAGAAGUACGAUUUGGUGCAUAUUGCUGCUGGAGAUUUAUUGAGGGCCGAAAUUGCUGCAGGCACUGAAAAUGGGAGGAGAGCAAAGGAGUAUAUGGAUAAGGGACAACUGGUACCAAAUGAGAUAGUUGUCACGAUGGUCAAAGAGCGGUUGAUGUGUCCAGACUCUCAAGAAAAAGGCUGGCUUUUAGAUGGAUAUCCACGGAGCUUGUCUCAAGCAGUAGCUCUCAAAGAGUUCCAGCCAGACCUCUUUAUUCUUCUGGAAGUACCUGAAGAUAUACUUGUUGAGAGAGUGGUUGGCCGUAGACUAGAUCCUGUAACUGGGAGAAUAUACCAUUUGAAGUAUUCUCCGCCAGAGACAGAUGAAAUUGCUGCAAGGCUUACCCAGCGCUUUGAUGAUACAGAAGAAAAGGUGAAGCUGCGUCUGCACACUCACCAUCAAAAUGUGGAAUCAGUUCUCUCAAUAUACAAAGAUUUUAUAUUCCAGGUGGACGGGAGCGUUUCCAAAGAGGAGGUAUUUACUCAGAUUGAUGGUGCAUUAACUCAACUUCUUGAAGCUAAGGAAGAUUUGGAGCCAUAAUGCCAUAGUGAGGAUCACAAAAGAUAAGAGAGUAAUAUUGUUGGUUGUCAUCCCUCUUAUACAAAUGUAUUGAAAUGUUCAUGUAUAUCAUUUUUUGCCUCCAACUAUCUUUUUGUGAGUGGAUCUUCAUUGAAUCAUCUAGUAUUUUUGCAAGAGCAAGUGAUUCUUAGAAAAACAAAACUAAACACAGAUC